UGUUAGCUUUCUUUACUUCCACUUCUUGCUCUUUUUUAAUCGGCGAAGUGUUUUUUUCUUAUUAUUUUUGAGCUCUUAUCUGUUAUUUUGCUUGAUUUUAUUGUGUGAAAUUCAGGUUAGGGUUUCUGUUUGUUAAGCUAAAGAGGAGGAAUUGUGGUUUUCUGUUUCCUUCUUUCUUUCUUGAUUUUCUUUAGCAGUGUUUGUUUGGCGAGCCUAACAGUUGCAUUUUGUAGUGGCUGUUAGUGGUGAUUUACCUGCAUUCUGGUUGAUAGCCAAAAAGAGUAUAAAUGUGCGUGUGCACGUGUGCCAACGUGAACAAAUUUGGUAAUGAGAUCUUUGGAUUUAUAUGUGGUUGUGGUGUUCUUGAUGCUGCAUUCGAGGUUUAGAUGUACAUAUGGAAACAUUUUUAUCAUGCUUUAAAGAGAAUUGUAUGCCUGAGUUAAUGCAUUCCGGUUCUAAUUUGGUGACUUUGUUGUGAAAUAUGAGCCGUAUACAUUGUUUUUCAAUAAUCUUGCAUUGCUUAUGUCUAGGUUCUUUGGUGGUUACAUUGAAGUUAGUAGUGUGUAUGUAUGUAUAGCCGGAUGUCCUUUGGAUGGCAGAGGAUUUUAAGUUCAAACCCAAUAAAUGGCAAUGCUAAGAAAAGGAAUGUUAGAAUGUAUGAUUCAAGUUGCAUUGUUUGUUUUACACAGGAGCUGGGCCUGGUGUCAUUCUUAAUAUCAAUAAGUGAAUUGAUGUUAUCUUGAAUCUGUCAAGAAUUGAUCAUUUGUCAAACUUGGCAAAUAAUUUAGUGAUUUUGGGCUAGUAAUUUUUAUCUUAGUACUUACCUGCCAAAAUCCAAAAGGUGGACUCCUUAUGUUUACCUUUGACAAUUUUUUUUUUAACUUUCUUCCUCUGGGUUUAUUGCCAACUGAAGGUUGUUAAUUGCGUGUACAUAUGUAUACAUGCGUAAUAGUUCUUUAGUUACCUGCCAAAAUCCAAAAGGUGGACUCUGUAUGUUUAGCUUUGGCAAUUUUUUUAACUUUCUUACUCUGGGUUUAUUGCCAACUGAAGGUUGUUAAUUGCGUGUACAUAUGUAUACAUGCGUACAAUAUGUUGGCCUGUAUAAUUUUCCUUUCUUGGUUAUACGUGUUGGGUCUUAAUUUGUUAAUUGUCCCCAUCCUACAUGUGUGUUUGUGUGCUCUGUCCUGAUAUUUAUACCUGUAGGAACGGAUAGUAAGUGUUCUGGAAUCUUAUCUCCUACUGAUUAUAAGGCUGAUAUGUUGUGGUGGUGAUCUUUUCAAUAAAAUAGAAUUAAUUUACUUCCGCUCUUUUCCUAAUAUUUUGAGAUAUGCUUAUAGAUAUUCCUUCUCUUAAAUGAUGCCUAAAGGGGAAGGUAAUUCAUACAGAUUGGGAUUGCAAAGGGUAAGUAUUGCAUGGGUGGUCUAGAGGACUCGGUCCUGCCUAGUGUCUUUUCCCCUAAUGGUCUCUUGCCUAAUGAAGCCAACUCUGUCACUCGAGCACUUGAGCUAGAGAGAUGGGCAAUUGCUGAGGAGAGAACUGCAGAACUUAUUGCUUGUAUUCAGCCCAAUCAACCAUCUGAGGAGCGCCGAACUGCUGUUUUAGGCUAUGUUCAGCGCCUUAUAAUGAAAUGCUUCCCCUGUCAGGUGUUCACCUUUGGGUCUGUGCCCCUCAAGACCUAUCUACCUGAUGGAGAUAUCGAUAUAACAGUGUUUACUGAGAGCCAGGAUUUAAAGAAAACCUGGGCUGAUGAGGUGAAGGAUAUUUUACAGCACGAGGAGAAGAGUGAGAAUGCUGAAUUUCAUGUAAAAGAGGUUCAGUAUAUCCAAGCAGAGGUGAAGAUCAUAAAGUGUCUUGUGGAAAAUAUUGUAGUAGACAUAUCCUUUAACCAGCUUGGUGGUUUGUGUACCCUUUGCUUCCUCGAGGAGGUUGACCAACUGAUAAGCCAAAACCAUCUAUUCAAGCGCAGCAUUAUAUUGAUUAAAGCUUGGUGUUAUUAUGAGAGCCGUAUUUUGGGUGCUCACCAUGGCCUUAUUUCAACUUAUGCUCUAGAGACAUUGGUUUUGUACAUAUUCCAUGUGUUCAAUAAUAGAUUUGCUGGGCCACUUGAGGUACUCUAUCGCUUUCUGGAGUUUUUCAGUAAAUUCGACUGGGAAAACUUUUGCAUUAGUCUCUGGGGCCCAGUUCCAAUUAGUUCACUUCCUAAUGUGACUGCUCUCUCUCCACGCGAAGAUGGUGGACAGAUACUCCUCAGCCAAUUGUUUCUAGAAGUGUGCAGCUCGGUGUAUGCUGUCUUUCCUAGCCAGCAGGAAAAUCAGGAGCAAUCCUUUGUUUCCAAAUAUUUUAAUGUCAUUGAUCCUUUGCGUACAAAUAACAAUCUUGGCCGUAGUGUCAGUAAGGGUAACUUCUAUAGGAUUCGUAGUGCUUUUGCUUUUGGAGCUCAACGUCUGGCCAGAUUACUUGACUGUCCAAAAGAGAAUCUGCUUGCUGAAUUCAACCAGUUUUUCAUGAACACCUGGGAUAGGCAUUGUAAAGGUCAUCGCCCUGAUGCUCCAAGUCCCGAUCACAUUGUUCAACGGCCAAUCAAGUCAAAUAUAAUUGAUGGUUCUGAGACUUUUAGAAAUUACUCAAGCAGCAAAAAGACAAAAGAGGAUCCUUCUGGUCAUCAAUCUAAGGUUGGGGUGAUUCAUGCUGCUCAUGUAUCUGAUGGUGUUUCCUCCAAGCAUGGUAACCACAUUUUAAAACUAACGUCCACACCUGGUGAUAUAUCAGCUAUAUCUGGAAAUCUAGGCCAGAGGAUGCAGGCCAACUUGACUAACUCCACAGACUCGGAUCGUAAUAAUCAAAAUUUAAGAUCCAAUAGUUUGAAUGAGAAUGCACAUAAUGAAAAGACAACAAGUUCCAGAACAGAGUACUUGGGGAAUGAAGGGCAUGCUCGAUAUCAGUUCGCAAGGACUCAAUCCAGUCCUGAACUAAUUGUUACAUCCAGUGAAGUCCCUUCUCGAGGGAGGCGUAACAAGGCAUCAGAGACAGUAAAUGGCCAGACUGCUUCUAUGAGGUCACACAAUAGUAGGAGGAGAAAUUUGGUUCCUGAGGUUUUGGAGAACCAUGAUGCAAGAUUUUCAACUGAAAAUUCACUAUCUUCAAGGCAUAGCUCAUCCCAUCAGAGCAUUGAUGCUACUGUUGAUUCUACUAGUGCUUCAAAUAGCUAUUUUGGUGAUUCUGGUGAAGGAACCACGGAAGACCACCUUUCUCUUUCUGAAACAAUGCAGUUGCAUCAGGAAGAGCAAGAUCGUGUUAACAUGGCAUCUUUCAGUGGUUAUAGUGUCAACGAACAGGGUCAGAUGCCUGUGAAUUUAGCAUCUGGUCAACCGCCUUUUGCAAUACCACCUGCUAAUCUUGGAUAUGCUCAAAAACAAAUGACUGGUACAGUUCCCAUAAAUGCUCCUCCUUUUGAGUCCCCUUGGGUGCCGAACAUGCAUUAUCAUCCAAGUUUUAUUCCAUACCCAUUUUCCCCCUAUUUUCCAAGCAUGGGAAUGACCUUGGAUCAAGAAGUGAUGAUUGAAAAGGUUGAUGCUAAAUUGGCAUCUACAGAGUUUAGGCAAGAGGUGAGCGAUCAUGGUUUUUGGUCUAAGCCAGUUGCAGAUUCUGUAAGAAAUCAACAGAAGAACAGAAGCUCCCAAUCUCGAUUGCAGGAGCAUAGGCAACCUUUUGCUUCUGUUGAGUCUAGCCAUGUCCAUUCAACCCAUGUAAGUAGCUCCGGCAGUUUCUCACCAAGGGAUCAUGAGUUAAUUACAGAAGACAGAGAUCUGAUUAGGGAAAAUUACAGUGAGGGUGCUGAAUAUCAAAUAUGUAGGGAGCCCGAUGCUUGUUCAUUGGCCAGUUUAAGAAUUGUACCCGUUUCACAAGCAUCCUCCUCAGGAAGCAAAUCUGAAGAUCAUGGUGAUGGGUCACUUUUGAGGACUCAUAAGUCAAUGAAGGGUCAGCAGGGAAAGAAAUCUUUUCCUUCUACAGAUCAACCUAUUGCACAUGGGAUGGAUAAGAAUGAAAGGCAGCAUGGAGAUGAAUCAGCUAAUCACAUAUCUUCUCAGCCAGAUGAUGAUGACAGAGAGUUGAUUCGGCUGUCAACCUCAGGCACUGAACUGUCAGAAAGCAUGGUUUCUGGUGUUGGUGCUUCUUCACAUGUUUGGACUCAUCAAAUACCUAGUUAUGAUCCAUCAUCAAUGAGUAGAUCAAAUUCAAUGCUUCCAGUUGCUCCAAUGUUUGUGGGUCCCGAAUCGCAUCAGAGAACUAACAUUAACCAUGGAGCACUACCUGUUGCAUUUUAUCCUGCAGGACCACCGGUGCCUUUUCUAACUACGUAUCCAUCUUACAACCUUCCAACUGAAGCAGGAACAUCAAUUGUAUCCACCAGAAAAUUCGAUAGGGACGAAGAAUUCAAUAAUUCUCAAAAUAAUCACUCGAAUCAAAUUUUAGAUUCAUCUGAGAAUGUGGACGAGUCACAGAAUUUAAAUACUUUCACAUCUGUGAAUAAUGCUUCUUCCUUAGUGCAUUCUGAACAGAGCAGAUCUGACAUUUUGAAUAGUGAUUUUGCAAGCCACUGGAAGAAUCUACAGUAUGGGCGGCUUUGCCAAAAUGCUCCAAAUAAAGAUUCCUUGCCCCGUCCAUAUCCUGUUGUGGUACCACCAUUGUACUUCCAGGGACAUUUCCCGUGGGAUGGUCCUGGAAGACCUGCAAACAUGAAUCUCUUCACUCAACAUAUGAAUGGUCCUCAUCUUAUCCCCGUCUCUCCUGUCCAGCCAGGAUCUAGUAGGCAGGCGGGCUUUUAUCAACAUUAUGCAGAUGAUCUUCCUAGAUAUCGUACUGGAACUGGAACUUACCUGCCCAAUCCGAAAUUAUCUUUCAGGGAUCGACAAUCUUCCAAUACUAGAAAUCAUGGGGGAAAUUACAACUAUGACCGGAAGGACCACCAUGACGAAAGGGAAGGAAACUGGAAUAACAACACAAGACCACGAUCUGGUGCUCGUGGUCAAAGUCAGAACCAAGGGGAGAAGUCAUCCUUUAGGAUGGAUAGGAGUACAGCAAAUAAUCGCCGUUCUGACAGGUCAUGGAACUCAAAGCAAGAUCCUCUUCCACGAUACCAUCCCCGCAAUUCAUUUAGGUUCUCGAACUCCACAGACCGUGGUUCUACCAAUGCGGCAUAUGGCAUGUAUCCACCAGUACCAGUUGUGACUACUAGUGGAGUUUCUGCAUCUGUAGUUAUGCUUUAUCCAUAUGACCAAAACGCGGGCUACAAUUCUCCUGAUCAGCAUCUAGAAUUUGUAGGACCAGCUCGUUUCACAGCUGAUGAGGCAUCACCACAUCUUCGUGAAGAUUCAUCAAGAGACAUUAAUGAGCAACAAGAUAUCCGAAGAGAUUUUGAUCUUUCUUCUCCAGAUCAGCCAUCCUCACCCCGGGUUCACAGGAGGGUUUGAUUACGUGGCUAGAUCAGCAUGCCAAAGAAUGAUUCAUUCACAGAAACCAGAUUUUCCUCUUGCAUAUCUGAACCGGGCAGACGAUGUGGGUGGGAUGAAGAGGAACUACACGGCAUGCCUGCUGCACAUACUUUACAGAAAGGAUAGAUACCGACUAUACCCAUUUUCAUGAAGGUCUGAAAGACGUGAUGAAGAAAUGCGAGGAAGGAGGGAGUGCACACUGUGGUAGAUGGCAAAUUGAAAAGGUGGGAAGGUCAAGAGGAUUAUUGUUCCGAGUGGCCCCCUAAUGGUUCCUGAGAGACGAGACUCGGAGGAAUAGAUGAGAAGUACAGGUUGUGCUUUAGUUUCUUCAAUACAAACCGUGGGUUUCAACACCCAUUAGGUUUUUACAUGAAAAACAAUGUUAAAAAAAUGAUUAGACAGGAAAAUAUCGAAGUUGGAUCUUUUUAAGUGGCAGAUUUCUUAGAGAAGGGUUCAAACCAAUAUGCCCAGCCAACUAUUGGAAGCCAUUGGUGUUUAAUUGUCAAUGUUGGGCAUGUUGAGUUGUAUGAGAUUCAGAUUCUAAUCAUGAAACGGUAAUUUCUCCUCUCA